UGGACCAAACGCAGCUUCCAGUUCUUUCCUUCUUCUUCCUCUUCCUUUUCCGCUUCUUCUUCUUAUCUUCCUUUCCAUUUUACUUUUCUCUUUACUCUUAAAUCCCCAAACUACGAAUCUUCUAGAAUUUAAACUCUCAAACUCCCAACCUACAAUCCUCUUCCAUUUCUGCUCUUUCAUGGCUCCGCCGCCGGGGGAGCAGAACGGUGAGGUGGCGGCGUUGGAGUCACAGAGAUCUUUACCCACGCCGUUCUUGACCAAGACGUUUCAACUCGUCGACGAUCCAGCGAUAGAUGAUGUAAUUUCAUGGAACGAUGACGGCUCUACCUUCAUCGUGUGGAAUCCGACGGUGUUUGCUCGGGAUUUACUCCCUAAAUAUUUCAAGCACAAUAAUUUCUCCAGCUUCGUUCGUCAACUCAAUACUUAUGGAUUUAGGAAAGUGGUGCCGGAUCGUUGGGAAUUUUCGAAUGAGUGUUUUCGCCGAGGCGAAAAGCGGUUACUUUGCGAAAUUCAGCGGCGGAAAGUUUGCGCGCUAGCGGCGACGGCGGCGACAACGGUGGCUCAGCCGGUGACUGUAGCGGCUAUACCGAUAGCGAAACCGAUUAUAUCUCCGUCAAAUUCGGGAGAAGAGCAGGUCGUUUCUUCGAAUUCACCGCGGUCGGGACACGGACAAGCGGGAGCCGCACCGGCGGAGCUUAUUGAAGAAAACGAGAAACUGAGGAAAGAAAACGUGCAAUUGAACAAAGAAUUAGCGGAAAUGAAGAGUUUGUGCAACAAUAUAUUUACUCUGAUGUCGAAUUACGCUAGUUCUCAGUCGGAGGUCGGUUUGUCGGUGGCGAAACCGUUGGAUCUGUUACGGGUCAAGGGGUUAUCGGAUGAGGGAGGGACCGGCGCGGAGGACAUGAACACAAGGCUUUUUGGUGUCUCCAUCGGAACGAAGCGUUUAAGGGAAGGUGACGAUGAGCCGCAGCUCCAUUUGCAGCAACCCGGUGGUGGGGCGGAGAUCAAAUCAGAGCCGUUGGAGUGCCAGAACAUCGGCGGUGAUAAUGAAGAACCACCGGCACCGUGGCUCCGGCAAUUGCACCGGGCAAAUCAGAGGGUGUGCAAUUGAUUCGUCUAAGAGGUAGUUAAUUUCCGGCAACCAGAAGAACACCGGACCGGACCGGAGCCGCAGAAUAGACUAGACAGCCCUAGUCACGUGCGUGCGUUGUCAAUGAGCCAACCAACUCAAGAAGCUUCUUGGGAGCCUUUUUUCUUUUUCUUUUUCUUUUUUUUUUUUUCCUUUUUUUAAUUUUUCUUUUCUUCUAUCCUCUUAGCUUUCUCUAGAAAAAGGGCUCUUUAUUUAAAUGAUUAAAAAUUUAACCUUUUCCUCGUGCCUGGAAUUAGCUUGACGUUGUGCUUAGUUGUUGGUUGCAUUCUAAAUUAGUAUGUAAAAAUAGGAAAUUAAGUAAAUUUACAAUU